GCACCACAAAAAGUAGAAUCAAGAAUUGUGAAUGGAACAGAAGUUAUGGAGGGACAGUAUCCCUUUGUGAUCUCCUUAAGAUAUGAUGGAAACCAUUCCUGUGGUGGUAGUGUUCUUAAUAAGGAAUGGGUUCUUACUGCAGCACACUGUGUGUAUCGCAUAGACCAAACAAGGCUGAGUGUGUUUGCUGGGUCCAUUCGACUGGAUGAUGAUACGGUACCCCUUAUACCAGUCUCCGAAGUUAUUGUUCAUGAAGAUUACAACAAAACUCUCUCAGUUAAUGACAUUGCAGUCUUAAAGUUGUCUGAGCCACUUUCUCUUGGCCCAAGAGUACGCCCAACAGAGCUUCCACUGGAUUACCAGAGUACAUUUGUGGGCACACCAGCCACAGUUAUUGGAUGGGGGCUACCUUAUACUGGAGGUGAAGUUGUGAAUGUAUUACAAGCAGUGGACAUCAUUGUGUGGUCAAACAGAAAAUGUAGAGAAGCCUAUUCUGAUGCUCCAAAGCUAGUUCUGCCUUCAAACAUCUGCGCUGGGGUCCCUGAAGGAGGAAAAGGACAGUGCAGUGGAGAUUCUGGUGGUCCACUUAUAGCAAAUGGUUACCAGGUUGGAAUUGUUUCAUGGUCAAGAAAACCUUGCACUAUUAAAGGAUCUCCUGGUGUUUUCACACGAGUAGCCUACUAUGUUGACUGGAUUAGAGAAAAAACAGGGACAGGCUGGAUCCCUAUUUUUAUAUAUUAAUUGUUGUAUUCUCUUAGUUUCUGGGAUUAUUAUUUAGUAAAAUAUAAGGAAGUAAGAAAAGAAACUUGUGAUUUAUAUAAAGGAAUUUUGUUGUGUGUUAUAAUUAAAUCUAACUAUUAUA